AUGGGGAGCUAUAAAAGUAACUCCUCUGUUUUAAAAACAGGGGACAAAGAUCAAGAAACAAUUGCAAUCAUCGGCAUUUUGAAGGAGGCCGAGUCGAUUACUUUAGACUUGAUCGAGAAGCUUUUGUCGAGCAUUUCUUGUUCGAAAGGCAGUUCGAGAUUAAGUAAAUGGUCUCUAGUUUCGAAGAUUAUGGGGUCGAGAAAAGUUUCGUGCCACGAGCACGAGUACAAGAGCUCGAUGCUCGAGUUUGGAGAUUUGGAUGCUUCAUUGAGUAAAUUCGUUAGCAAAUGCGAGACGAGCUCGAAAAUCGAGGAUUUGCAGCAACAGUUGAGGAAGAUGGAGUUGGUUAUUACAGUUAUUGAGGAAAGAUUGGAGUGUUUGUUCAAACUUUUGAUUAAGUCGAGAGUUUCACUGCUUAACAUGCAGAGCCAGUUGUACUAG